CUUCUCCAGCUGCGCCACCGCUGGCGGCCGCGUAUCAAAAGGAAAAAUCCCCCCUCCCCAUAUCGAAACAGUAUGACUCCGAAAAUUUGUGUUGCUGAUUUGAGACCACAAAUCACGUCUGUCUUGCAAGAAGACAAGUGCAGGGGCUUCCGGGCCAUUAUGGAAGCGAUUUGGCAUGCUGUUGGGCCUAGGGGGCAGCCGUUUGUAAUGCGAAACAACUAGACCCAAACGCCCCUACCUAGGCUGAGGAUCUGGCUGCGAUGCCUUACUGCAAGACAGCGAGAAUCUGUGUACGCAAAUCCAGCAUCACAAAUUUCCUUUUCGAUAUGGGGAGGGGGGAUUUUUCCUUACGAUACCGCGCCCUACCAAUUUACUCGUCGAGAGCGGCAGAAGCCGAAGCACGCGACAGGCGGUUACUGGAUGACUUCCGGCGGCGGAACGAAGCGAAAGCGAGUUUGGCGGUAAAAGAUAAGACCAGCAACCCGUUCGGGUUUGCUUCAACAUCGACGUCGUCCCAGGAGGGGAAUAAGACUAAGAACCGCGGGUCGGAUCAGGACUGGUGGGACACGACCGACGAGAAAGACCACGAGAAG